AUGCUCCGGCAAAGGUCUAAGACCAGCGAUGAGGAGUUCUUGUUGACCCUCCUGAAUAACGUGAAGAUCGACCAUGAGGCAGCCGCCAACGCUCUCGAAAUCAACAAAGCCGCAUGCCGCAUGCGCUUCAUUCGGCUCCAACAAAAAUACGGAUUCAAGAAGAAGGGAAAAGGGAUCCCACGCCAUAAGCAGGCAUUUGCCAUGACCGACGACGCCGAGAAAGAGAACCCUCAUCUUCCUGAUCCGCCAAUAUCAACUACACGGGAACGUACAAUAGCAAUAAAGCAAAGUCUUUCAAAUCUCUAA